AUGACCUCGGAAAAACAAACUCAUCUUUUAGUUGACUUACAUGUGAAAUACAUUCAAUCACUUGACACGAAAAAAGACGACUUGGAAUACUGGUUAACGGAGCAUUUGCGUUUGAGUGGUGUUUAUUGGGGUCUCACAGCCUUGGACUUGUUAAACAAUGUUGAUACACUUAAGAAAGAAGACGUGGUGAAGUAUGUGAUUUCUUGUCAGCAUGAUAAUGGUGGAUUUGGUGGACAUGUCGGACAUGACCCACAUUUAUUGCAUACGCUCUAUGCGGUGCAAAUUUUGGUAAUUGAAGAUUCAUUAGAUGCUGUAAAUGUGGAUAAAAUUAUUGAAUAUGUUGCGUCUCUUCAAGAUCGCGCGACAGGAGCUUUUAGGGGAGAUGAAUGGGGAGAGAUUGAUACUCGAUUCUCCUACGGUGCUUUAUCUUGUCUUUCACUAUUGAAGCGUUUAGAUGCUGUAAAUGUUUCAAAAGCUGUUGAAUUCAUUAUGCUUUGUAAGAAUUUUGAUGGAGGAUUUGGUAGUUCACCUGGAGCAGAAUCACAUGCGGGUCAAAUUUUUUGUUGCAUUGGCGCUCUUGCUAUCGUUAACUCAUUACAUUUAGUCGAUGCUGAUUUACUUGGAUGGUGGCUUUGUGAACGACAAUUGAAAAAUGGUGGAUUAAACGGGCGACCAGAGAAACUUGAAGAUGUAUGUUAUUCCUGGUGGGUUCUUUCUGCGCUUAGUAUCCUGGGUAGAUUACAUUGGAUAAAUAAAGAAAAGUUGAUUGAAUUUGUGUUGGCUGCUCAGGAUCCUGAGGGUGGAGGCAUUGCUGAUAGACCAGGAGAUAUGGUGGACGUAUUUCAUACCUUGUUCGGGAUUGCAGGUUUAUCAUUGUUAGGGUACCCAGGUUUGAAACUGGUUGAUCCAGUUUAUUGUUUACCAAAACACGUCGUGCAAAGAAUCGGACUGGCGGAGAGAUAUCAUGUAUAG